AUGGGCCGCAUACAGAAAAGAGCGCUAGUGGUAAUCUUCCCUGAGUUCAACAUCCUCGAUGUGAGCGGUCCAGUUUCAGUACUCUACAACUCGAACUUCUCCGUGAGCUAUGCCGCCAAGGAUGAGCUCACAACAUCUCAAGAGAACGCGACAGUUAAAAGAGACAUAUCAUUUGCUGAGGCCAAACUUCAACUUUCCGAUUAUGAGAUAUUGAUCGUCCCUGGCUCACGACCAAAUAAUAUCCUACCACAUGUGGAACACGAGCAGGGGCAGCUAUCGGAGCUUGUCGAAUUUAUCACCAGUUUCGCGUCAUAUACGGAUCAAGAAAGCGUGCGACAACGUACCAUCCUGGCCGUCUGCAUUGGAGCCUACUUCUUAGCUUUUGGAGGUGUGCUUGAUGGCCUCUCUGCAACCACACACCGUCUUGCUAUCCCCGGGCUACGAGAUGCAACCCAACGUUAUAUAGAUCAAACCCCCGGUGCCAAAGGGACGCAAGUUGUCCUUGAAGGCACCUCGGGUCCGGUCUCCUAUCUAGAUGCUGGUCGGAACCAUUUUGGAGUAAGAAUCAUCACGACUGGCGCUAUGAUCAAUGGUAUCGAUGCCGCAUUGCAUUUUGUCAGCCUUGGUUCGAGCCCGUCACUCGCAGUUGAGGUCGCGGGACUCAUUGGGCAUCAAUUGAAGGAGAUAUAG